GUGUUUGUGUUGUUAAUAAUACAAAUUCGAUGUGCGAAUUGUUUACAAUUGAAAAGAAACAAAACAAAUAGCAUAUAUAUCCAAAUCCAUAUCCAUUUCCAUAUCCAUCCACAUACGUAAGUGUUGGAUCAACGCAAAUAAAACCUUGAAAGCUUUCAACCCCAUCAUCCAUCCAAUCAUCGGCGGAAAAGUCAACAAUUAAUUGUGGACUUGGAUACUCUUUUUAAGAGCUAAGUGGCUGCAGCAUGCAAAACCAAAUGUGAACACCCAACCCAAACACACCCCACUAUGAGCAGAUCAGAACUCUCAAAAUGCGGCUCUCUCACACAUUUGGCAUUAGCUGCAGCAGCAUCCAACAGCAGUGGACGAUGCUGCUGCUGGCGCUGAUAUGUUGCAGUACAGCUGCCUCUGAUAGCAGUGCCACGACAACGAUGGCAACGAUUGCGGAUAGCCCCAGGCCAAAUGGGCAAUGGAAAGCGAGCAGCAACAGCAGCAACAGCAGCAGCAGCAAUGAGAGCCAGAGAGCAUCAGAGGCACAGCCACAGCCACAGCCAGCAGGCACCAGGAUACGCCUCAAUACGUUGCCAGCCAAUGGGGAAAUCACGGAGCUGAGCACCAAUGUCACUCUGUACAUGGAGAAGAUACCGCGCAUUCAGGUGCGCUGGCAAGACAACCUGCCCGAAGGCACUUCCUACAACGUCCUGGUGAAUGCCGUGAACAACACACGCUGUCCGGACGCGCCCUGCAGUGAGUACGGCAUUAAGGAGAAGCCAUCCAGCUAUGUCUACCUGCCGCUCAAUCCCAAUCUAAAUGUGGAGUCUGUUGACUGCAACUACAUGUUCGGCUGCCAGUACACAGUCACCGUGGAGACAUCCAAUGCGCUCGUUCGACGCUCCACUCGCAUCUUUAUACCACAAUGUGUGGCCGGCAAGUGCUCCUGCCAGCUGGCGCCAACACCGCCCAAGGUCCUGACCGCAGCCAAAAUGCUAACCAACGAGACCAUCAGCAUCAGUUUUUCGAUUCAGGCCAGUGAGCAGCUGCGCAAGGAGCAGGCCAGUCAGCUGCACGAUACGCUGCGUUCCUACAAAAUGCAAUUAAAAAUAAAUGAGGAAAUGAAUCCAUCAUUGCCCUGGGGCGGCGUACUCAAGAAUCUGCUGAUUCGUGUCUAUAAUCUGAGUGAGCUGAACUUCAAGCCAACGGCCAAGGGCUUUGAGGGUAACAUGAAGCUGCCGCUGGGCAUACAGCUGAAGGAAAAGGCCUCACUAAAUCUGCAGGCCGUCAUCAUGGAUACAUCGGGCUGUGAGGGGCCGCGCAGCGUUACCAAGGUGCCAGUGCCAGCAAAUCCCAUUGUGCUCACGGACGAGGAUAAUGUGAGCAAUUCCAUUAUCAUUAUGAGUGCGAUGCUCAUUGCCAUCAUUCUGGCUGGCCUCUCACUGCUGCUGAUGCGCCGUCGACGUGCCCGGACCAAGGCAAAGCUGCAGAAGGAGGAGACCUAUAUGCAAACCUUUGCCACCUCCGCCAUCGACAUGGAGGACAACGUCAACUAUGUGGACAAGUAUGUGGAGCAGUCGCAGGCAUUGGGUCUGGCCGAUAUAUUCGAGGUGCCGCACGCGGCCAUUCACAUGGGUCGCAUGCUGGGCGAGGGCGCAUUCGGACGCGUCCACGAGGCCACAGCCAUCAAUCUGCGCCGCAUGCGAGGCACAACAAUUGUGGCUGUGAAACAGCUGAAACCGAAUCCCACGGCCGAUGAGGUGGCAGAGUUUCUGGCGGAAAUCGAAAUGCUCAAGGGCGUGGGCACGCAUCACAAUGUGGUGUGCUUUCUGGGCUGUUCCACCAUCAAGGCGCCCUACCUCAUGAUCAUGGAGUAUGUGGGGCGUGGCAAUUUGCUCAGCUAUUUGCGUACGGUGCGGCAGGAGGCUAGCAAAUUGAAGCUACGCAAUGCGAAUUAUACCAGCUGCAAGCCCAUCCAGCCCAGGGGCAUCUCCACCUCUGCUGGCGGACUGCCCAAGUCGCAGAGCGUCAACUAUAUCGAAUUGAAGGCAUCCAGCCAGAGCAUAGAGCUGCCCAACUCCACCGAGAGCUCCAAUCCCACCAACACAGGCAAUGGCUUGGGUCCGGCGGCAGGACGUCAGCCCAUUCCCUCGUUUGCCGAAACCACGUACACCAUUGUGGAGGAUGAGGAGCCCUUUGAAUAUAUACUGGACAACAGAGAGUUGCACAACUUUGCCCUGCAAAUCGCCAAUGGCAUGCGGUUCCUCGAAGAACAGGAGAUAACACACCGCGACCUGGCAGCGCGCAAUGUGCUAAUUGACAAUAACAAGACCUUAAAAAUAUCCGAUUUCGGUCUGUCGCGGCAUGGCAUUUACACGAACACAAAGACGCGUAAGUUGCCACUGCGCUGGCUCUCGAUUGAGGCCAUACGCGACAAUGUCUACUCGAGCAAGAGCGACAUUUGGGCGUAUGGCGUGGUGCUGUGGGAAAUUGGCACGCUGGGCGCCUCACCCUAUCCAACGAUAAGCAACAGCGAGCUGAUACCCUACCUGCUGGCGGGCAAUCGGCUGCAGCGGCCGGACAUUUGCACGCCACAGGUGUACACCAUAAUGCUGCAGUGUUGGCUGGAGGAGCCCGAGGAGCGGCCGACAUUCGAUGCCCUGUACAGGGUGUUGAGCCCAAAGACCACAUAUGUGGACAUUAACAGUCUGAGUGAUGAUUACGUAUUUCCGCCGAUUAGAGAGACUAAGGAUAGUCCAUAAGUUAGUAGUCGUACUCUUUUUGCUAGUUACUAUACUUAUCUUUAAAUUAAAUUAAAUUAAAUUAAAUGAAUGUGAAACGCUUUUUCCUAUAGAUUGUAGUUUCUGGUUGCUUCUUUGCAUUGUUAGCCACCCUCCUCCCGUUCUCUAUGUAAAUAGUUAGUUAAUUAAGUGCUUAUUAGUUAGUUAACCUGUGGGGCACCACCCACAAACUGUUGUAUGUAUACGAAACGUUAUUUCGAUGUGCUGUGAGUUUUUCCCAACAAAAUAUGGGCAUCAUCUUUAAAUUUAAAUCUUUGUACAUUUACUUCGUGUUCACACAUACUUUCCAAAGUAUUAUUAAAGAAGCAAAAA